UUUUCUCUUUACGCAUGGAUAAAGUGAUACAUUCCUAAGACAGGCAGCUUUAUGGUAAAAGAAUACAAAGAAUACAAUUAAAUUUUUGGUAUUCUUUGACACCAGGCAAGGAAGAUACCUAAACCUCCCCCACCAUUUCGAAUUAAGAACCCAAGGAAGCUCUCUCGCCAAGCUCCCAAGUACCAAAUCAGAUUGGGCAUCAUAAACUUGAGAAACCUAAGGGAUUCUAGAAUGUUUUCUUCGGCAGCACUCUCUCCAUUUGUUCCCAAUGUCAAGGCUAAGUAGAACUGGAGGACGACGAACCAAGUUGUGGAUAUGGUGUGCUGCCAUCAUCUGCACUAUCAUAGCCAUUGCAGUGAUAGUUACAGGAUUAGUUGUAUUCAUAGGCUAUAUGAUCAUCGGGCCAAGGAUUCCCUUCAUCAGCGUCGCCUAUGCCCAUCUGGACGCGCUAGACAACUCUCAGGCAGAGAUACUGCAAAUCCAGAUGACCCUCGUCAUCAGAGCACAGAACGACAAUGCCAAAGCCCAUGCCACUUACUCAGAUUUCAAUAUCUUUCUCUCUUUCCAUGGAUUCGAUAUAGCGAACCUAAGGAACGAUCCUUUUGAUGUACCCAAGAACAGCUCUGUCGAUUUUAAAUUUGUUGCAGUGUCAUUGCCAAUCCCACUAGACCCUUUAGGGGAAGAAGAGGUCGACCUGUCACGGAAGCAGAACAAGAUAACAUUCGACUUGAAAGGGAGUGUAAGGACCCGAUGGAAGGUAGGACUACUUGGAUCUGUUAAGUUCUGGGGCCACAUGGAUUGCCAGCUCCAGUUUUUCCCUUACAAUGGAAGCAGCAUAAACACAGGUUGCAGCACCAAGUCUCACUGAUUAUGUCAUUUCAUUCAAAUGUUCUAUUUAUCUACUACAAAUGUAAGUCAGUCAAUCUAUUUUUCUCUUUUUUUCCCCUUUCUUAUAUUAUUAGUUCAUGUCAGUGUAAUUGCUUCCAUCCAAUUUGAGAUUUGGGUUCAGGGAAGCAUAAUUCAAACCCACUGAACAUAAUAGUUGUAAAGAAGAAGAAAAACAGAGGAGAAUAAAAGAAAGACUCAUUUUUUUA